AUGCUAGGAAUUUACCAGAGACUACGACUUCGCCAAAACCCUCCAAGGGCCGCAAUAUUUCAACAAUUCCAUGGGAAUGGAAUCAUUAACCCACAUAAGAUAUCUUCUGGUUUUGGAGGUGUCACAUCCUCUCCACCCAUGCAGCAGAAAGGAUUGGAGAAUGUUACAGUGUCAGAGGUACUAAUGACAAAGGGGGAAGAAAAAUUGGGUUCCUGGCUUUGGUGUCGAGUUGAUGAUGCUGUUAUUAAUGCAAUGAAGAACAUGGCUGAAAAUAAUAUUGGAUCGUUGGUGGUACUAAAGCCAGAGGGGCAACACAUAGCAGGCAUUGUCACAGAAAGAGAUUGCUUGAAAAAAAUAGUCGCACCAGGAAGAUCUCCCUCAUACACACAAGUUGGUCAAAUAAUGACUGAUGAGAACAACCUCAUAACGGUGACCUCUGACACAAACAUUCUUCAAGCAAUGAGACUUAUGAUAGAGAAUCGCAUUCGGCAUGUUCCAGUUAUAGAUGGGAAAAUAGUCGGUAUGAUUUCAAUUGUGGAUGUGGUACGAACAGUGAUGGAGCAGCAAAGUGGAGAAUUGAAACAACUAAAUGAUUACAUCAAAGGAAAAUACUAUUAG